AUGUCGUUCAUUUCGUCCAUCUUCUAUCGAGCCGCAGUUAGUCAAGAGUCUAGGAGAGCUCCCAUCGGUAAAGUCCCUCGAGCAAAGUGUCCAGGGUCUAGAGCAGGCAGAGUCCCGCCUGAGGGCUCCAGCAGUGCCGGUCAAGCCAAUGCAGACUCCAACCUAUUCGACCCCACAAUCGACCCCACAAUCGAUCCUUCCCAUCCCGACAACUUCCAGAGCAAGAUUCAGAUCAUCGAAGACAUUAUUGCAGAAGACAACCUCUACAAAGUGCUAGGUAUCAAGAGCAAUGCCAAAAACGAAGACAUCCGCCGAGCUUUCCUCACUGGCAGUCGAUCAUGUCAUCCAGACAAGUUUCCUGACUAUCCCAAUUCGACCAUCGCCUUUCAGAAACUUGCAUUCGCAUACGAGACACUCUGCAAGCCAGCAUCGCGACAGGCAUACGACUUUUCCCCUCCUACCCACUCGAUGUUCAACGGCAAAUCGCCUCAUGAUGCUUUCGAUGAUGAGUUUGGCCAAGCGUUCGCAGAUGCUACGCUCCAGGACGUCCUCUUGACCGUAUAUGUCGAGUUCUUCGAAGGUGACUUCACCUCCGUCAAAGCAUUACUCAAGGUUCUCGCAGACAGCGGAAUGGCUACCUACAGCGACGCCAACAUCAGCAGCAUCGAGGCCAAGUUCAGAACACUCUCGCGCCUCAUGCGAGCUACACGCAGGUAUUCGCGCGUCUUGCUCAACGAGAUGUCACGUCUCUAUGAGAUCCAGCAGGACUUGCGUGGCCUCUCCUACUUUGACAUUCCUGGUCGUCUUCGGCUGACGUUGCAGCUUGCGCGAGUGACGCUCAGCAUCCCAUUGGCGAUCGAUCAAGUUAUGCAGAACCCGGAAAACUACGAUCGCAAAGAGUUUGGUCGGUGGUUUGAGGACAUGCGUGCCCAAUCCUUGGAUUACAGCUCAAGCGAAGAAGAAGAAGAAGGGGGAGGAGGAAGAGGAGGAGGAGGAGGAGGAAGCAGGACCGAACAAGGAUUUGGCCUCCAGGGCGAGAUCGACGGUGAUGCGCCUGGUUCUGACGAGCAUGCACGAUUGCGGUAUGUGCGAGCAAGAGACGCCCGGAUCUCUAGACGAGCAGCCGAGCGUCGCGAUCCAGGGUCGGACAAUGGACCUGGCGGCGAACAAGGAGCGGCUGCCCUGCCAAAUCAAGAGACCAAGGAACUGCGCGUCGGGUUCCUGGGUCCUACCACUACCGCAUUGUUCACGGGCAUGGUCAAUCUGCUCGAGGCUGGCGAAGGCUGGAUGGGAGGCAAGCUAACAGAUCCUCUAUGA